GCAAGAUGGCGGAGGACCUGGACCAGUUACUGGAUGAAGUGGAGAGGCGGCUCUGCCGCCUGCCGGGGCAGGGCGCGGCGGGUGGCCACCGGGACGGCGAUGGCCAGGAGGAGGAGCAGACGGCGAAGGAGGGCAGAUCAGCUAAACUGUUAAUGAGUGCUGGCAGCAGUGAAGAAGAUAUAGAUGACAUUAUUGACGAAAUCUGUAAUGACAGCAGCUUUGCCAAAACACCUCUGAAAUUGAAGUCUAAGUCUGCAAGUCUCACACCUGAAAGCAACAGUGUUGUUGUACAGACUCAUAGGAAAAGAUGCUGUCCAGUGUAUCUGGGUGGAAGCUCUUCACCAUGUGGCAUAGGAACAAAUGUUUCAAAAAGAACUUGUGAUCAGCUUCGUUGUACUGCUUGUGACUUCCGUGUGUCACUUUUCAAUGGCUACAUCUGGGAUCAGUCCUGUGAUUACCUUUUUUUCAGGAAUAACAUGCCUGAGCUCAGUAAACUAAGAGCAAAGAUGAUAAAGAAGAAAGGAGCACGAGCAUAUGCUUGUCAGUGCAGCUGGAGAUCCAUUGAUGAACUAACUGACCUCCAAACAGACCAGCAGCUUCGGUGGGUUUGUGGUAAACAUGCAGAAUGAAGUCCUCCUGUGUGUGGUACCUACUUGUGUGGAAGCAGGUCAUAAACUCAAUUUGAUUCCCAUGCAGUUUUCUGAGAACAGAUGGAAACCUGAAUACUUCUAUCUAGAAAUAGAUGAUAACACCCAGACUUCAACCUGAAAACUUUUUUUUCAAUUUAACUGUAUCGCAAGCAAUAUGGGGAGUUGAAUUAUUAGAAGAAACAACCUAUUUGAAGGCUUUCUGGAAGCUAAAUGAGGUUAAAGCUGAUAUUCAGAAGCGUUAAAAAGAGGAAGACGAAAUCGACAGAUUGAGGCAUGGGGCAAAGCACCUUGAGACUGUUCCUAAUAUCUAGCAGAGAUCCUUAUUUCCCAUGUCUGCAAAAUCUUGGACUGAAAAUGGUGACUUGGGAUGCAGCCAUGACACACAAGCGUAUGAAUUUCUGCAUGGAAAUUAAUACUGCUUUUCUGCUUUGCUCAUAGCUGUUAAUGAGCAAGUGGUUGUAGAUCUCUCAAAAAAUUACUGCAAGAUCAGCUCUCACCUCAAAGGUUUCAGCACACCCCAAAACUUUACUUUCUUUUACCCACCAGUAGCCAAAAACUGCAGGUGCUGGAAAUUUCCUUCCAGUUUCUACUGUUUUCUUCAAAGCAUUUUCUGCUGACUAAAGACUUUUACCAGAGUGAAUUUCUUGGAUCUCCCUUCAGCCUUCACUGCAAGAGGUGAACAAGUUAUUGUGCAAUUAUUAAAUAUUGUGCAAUUUAAAAGAGAUUCUGAAGAAUAUAUGACUCUUCUAUCAAUAUUUUCGAGGGAAAAAAGGCUCAGGCUUUUAAGAGUGAGAAAAUAUAUAUCCCCACUGACGUUCAAAUUUGGAUUUUUUUCAGUUUCACUUAGCUUUCACUUCAGCUUCACUUCAAAAUAUUACAUAUUCAGAAAGUGUAACUGUCCUGUUUCAACACAUUCCUUUCCCCCAGUAACAUCGUAAAAGUACUUCCAGUAUCACAUUACUUGGUGAAUUGUCUUGAUUACAGUUAAUGUCACUAUAGUUUAUGAGCUCUUUCUUUUCAUUAUGUAUAAAUAACACAGGAGAUGGAUUUAGGUUUUGGGUGGGCAGAGAGGAAGGAAAGGAUUACCAGUCCUGGCAAUUACUACUUUGAAAAGUGUCUCAAAAUGGGAAGUCUGUCAGUAUUUUUGCUAUGCAGUGUGUGAUACUUUACAGAUAAAUUCAGAAUUACUUACUUUGUGCAAUUCUAUACAGAGCUAUUUCUUUUUUUGUGAAGUUUUGUUCAUGGCCCUACACUGUACAUUGUCAUUCUCUUUCUUUUUUCCAAAACAAUUGCGUGCUCUUUCUUAUAGAGGUCAUCUCUCAAAUCUGUCGCCUUGUCUCUACCCCUCUGAAAGAGUAGAUCCCAGUAGUAACCAGAGGCAUAGUGUACUCUGCAUCCUGCUCACCUUCCCCAAUCCGUGAGUGUUUUUUUGGAAGGUGCAGAGGACCAGCAGUGUGCCUGGGAGUCCUGGCAGCUCUUACAUAUGCAGUGCUUCGGUGCUCUGGAGUGCGUGUUCCAGUGCCACAUGAGGCCUUGCUAAUAGGUUCAGAGGUGAGUUGGCUUUGGAGUGGUACUCCUUGGCAUAAUGCUGUAGACAUAUUUAGGGUCAUGUAUUGUCUUCAGUGCAAUUGGUGUUUCAGGCUGAAGUUUCAACUGCUAGAGUCUAAAACUGCAGGUUCAGGAGACAGAGAGACCCAGAAACCAGUUGAUUGAUGCUCAGUCAGCUCCUGGAAGAGGUCUACUUGCCUUUCUGUCCUUUGUGAAGAGAUAGCCCCCGUGUGGACUAAGCAGUAAGUGUUCCUGAGUGUUCUUCAGGCAGGCCUGAGCGAUUUCCAUUCCCAAAGAACAUUAGUGCUAAUGGUAAGAGAAGAACCCAGCAGUAGUAUGUAUUUUAUUAACAAGCCCUAGAGAAGAGUAAACCUACUUUCCACUCUUCUUCUUGAAGAGGAAUACAUUUCAAAAAGUGCUGAGUUGCCUUGGCUUGCCUAUUCCAAGACCAUUUGAAACUGAUGACCAAGUAGCCCCACAGGAUGCUCUUUUGGCCUGGAUUUGCAGUGGAACUUGUGCCACAACGUAGGGAACAAGUUAGGCUUGCAGCUUGUGAGCCGGAAACAGGAAAAAUCCUAACACCCAUCUCAGUUCAUGAGACCAAGUCUUAUGUGACUUGGAAACGGAGCAUGUCUCAUGUACCCUUCUUUAAACAAACCAACAGAAAUAGUCACCCCUUCUGGAACAGUUUGCACUACCAAGCGUGGGAAGCAAAUCAUGUGGAAACAAAAGUUCAAGACAUCCGUUCUAGUGAUUUUUAUGACAAGAAGACAGCCUGUAGCACACAAAAGGUGGAGGCUAGGAAGGAAUUGAGACAAAAGGACUAAGAGUGUAGGGGAAGUAAAAAGGAUUAACACCAGUAUCUAUUGACACCAUUAGUCAGCAUUUCUUCUAGGUCACCUGAUCCCUCAGUCUUCAUAGAAUCGUAGAAUCAUAGAAUAGUUUGGGUUGGAAGGGACCUUUAAAGAUCAUCUAGUCCAACCCCCCUGCAAUGAUCAGGCACAUCUUCAACUAGAUCAGGUUGCUCAGAGCCCCAUCCAACCUGGUCUUGAGUGUUCCCAUGUUUCACCACCUUCAUCAUAAAAAACCCUUGUAUCUAGUCUAAAUCUACCCUCUUUUAGUUUAAAAUCAUUACCCUGUGUCCUAUCAUAACAGGCCCUGCUAAAAAUUUUGUCCCCAGCUUUCCUGUAGGUCCCUUUUAAGUACUGAAAGGCCGCAAUAAGGUCUCCUGGAGCCUUCUCUUCUCCAGGCUGAACAACCCCAGCUCUCUCAGCCUGUCCUCAUAGCAGAGGUGCUCCAGCCCUCUGAUCAUUUUUGUGCCUCUCCUCUGGCCCCACUCCAACAGGUCCAUGUCUUUCCUGAACUGGGGACACCAGAGCUGGACACAGUACUCCAGGUGGAGUCUCAGCAGAGCAGAGUAGAGGGGCAGCAUCCCCUCCCUCGACCUGCUGGCCACGCUUCUGUUGAUGCAGACCAGGAUAUGAUUGGCUUUCUGGGCUGCAAGUGCACAUUGUUGGCUCAUGUCUAGCUUUUCAUCCCCCAGUAUUCCCAAAUCCUUCUCGGCAGGGCUGUUCUCAAUCCCGUCAUCCCCCAGCCUGUAUUUGUACCACGGGUGGCCCUGACCCAGGUGCAGGACCCUGCACUUGGCCUUGUUGAACCUCAUGAGGUUCACAUGGGCCCACUUCUCUUAUUAGCCUAGAGAGUUGUAGAAAGAGUUCUCUUUCUGGAUAGAGAUUGUUGUCAGGCGAUUGUAUCACUAACACCAUUAAGACUGCACUCCAAGUGCUGAAAAUGUUAGAAGAUAAUCUUAAUUGGUAAAUGUAAGUGGAAACCUGUGCAUUCCCAUGAAAUCAUUAUGUUCAUUCAAGUGUAGUUACUUGUUCUGGCCUUGGUCAGAAUGGUGGGAUAUGGCAGCUCUUUGACCAAGUGAAGUUUUAAACUGAUGCAGAAAUAGUGCUCAUUGUAUUGGUUUUUGUUACAGAAUUUAGCAUAUUUCCAGACCUGAGAAUAGUUAUUAUGUCAUUAAAUACAAUUAUUUUGUUGGAAAUAGGAGUGGUAUGAAGUAUUUUAUUUCCCUCCCUUUGCUUUCUUCAGUUACAUGUUACAAACCGCCCCAAAGUCCUCAAAUGAAAAGAAUGUAAAGAAAGGUAAAAUUAGAGCUUGAGUGUUCAUUUGAUGAAGGUAUUGUAAGAUUGCACAAGAUUUUCAAGAUGUAGCCCAGACCCUAAGUGAUAUUUCCGUGUCGGUUAUCUGAGAUAGCAGGGAUUAUGUGAAGAAUUUUGUUUUAAGAAUGCCAUUCAGCUGCUGUCAAUCGGAAGUACUGGAGAACAGUUUUGCUAAGUAUAAAUGUGACCAUUGUUUUCCUCCAUAUUUUUUUUUUGCUCUGGAAGAAAUAAUACCAUUUCUGUUUGUGAAAUGGGCAAGGUGAAAACUUGAGACUUUUCAUUUUGCUUGGGUGAUGUGCUUGCAAAUUUUCUAGCCUGCAGCAUUAGUCUGUGGCAGAUCCCUCAACAAAACAAAAGCAAUGACGGGUGACAAGGUGCCAAUGCACACAAAAGCAUUCACUUGGAAAUGUUGUCAGUGGUUUAAUGUCCUACCAACUUUUCUAAAUGUGUGUUCUUGCAGAACUUCUGGAUAGGAAUCCAAUGCAGUUGUACAUAGUACAUUUUGAGAGCUUCUCUUUAUCAAAUUUUAAUGUGCUGCUCUAACUGUAUCAUCUCACUUGUUUUACCUGUUUUAUGGAGGGUGUCCAACCCAGAUGCUGAGUAUAGCUCGGAAGAGUAAUUAUUAAGGAUCUUGCCCUGCCAUAAAAUUUAACUUACAGAAGCAUAAUAGCAUUACAUAUUGCAAGCUCUGCACUGCAUAAAACUGAAUAAAGAUUUUGUUUUUCUGAGCACCCAUUUUAGUUCUGUACGGAAGGCAUCCUGCCAAUGCUGGGCACUGGAAGCUGCCGCUUGUUGAAAGACUGCUCGCUUCUCUUGUGUCCUGACAUGUGAGUCUUUGGGUCAUGUAACCAGCACAUGUGGUACUCACACAAUAGGAGAGGAACUCUGUUGGGAGCUGUGUAGGCAAAUUUUUCUUACUGCCAGGCUCUUUUCGCACAAGCCCUGACCAGUUUUGUCUGUUGUGUGACACCCGAUAACCGCAGAUAGGCCAACCUGGAAGGGGAUGGAGUAAAGCAGUGUCGGGUGCUGCUCGUCUGUGAGGCCAUGCAUGCUGCCUGGGACUUGGCAUGUGUGCUUCGAGGAGAGUGUUUUUCACAUGUCGACACUUCAAUAAAAUAAAAAAGUUGGAACAAAUCUGAACUGUGCGUUGUGUAAAUUGUAUUGUGCC